GUAUUGUCAAUUCGAUAUUGAAAAAAUAAAGUGGUUUAAAUUUAAAUUCAUAUUAACUUCAUGUUUGGAAAUAUGCCAAAGAGGAAUAAGUAAAAUACACGAAUAACGAUGAACAAUUUAUGGACAAUUUCAAUUGUAUAUGUGAAGUUCGGGUUGACAAUCGGUGAAUGUAGUGACGGCCUUGAAGGAUGCAUGAGCACUAUUUACAGUGUUGGUGGAUUAGUCAUUGGAAUUUUAAUUUUCCUCGCAAUAUUAGCAGCAAUAUGUUUUGGAGUCUGCGCAGUGUGUGGAUGGUCAUGUGGAUGUUUGAAAACAACUGAAGCCCCUCGACAAUUCCGGUCAGGAACAAAUCGUGUCGCUGUCACUGACUCUUCUGACACAACAAGACUGAAUUACCCGCCUCCUCCUUAUGCAGAUGCAUGCAGGGACUAUGGUACAACUAAUCAACAUUCGGUUAAACAAUCUACACCACCACCAAGUUAUUCAGCUCUACACCGGUUCCAACCGGAAAAUCUUUGAAACAUCAUAGUCAAAUUUAUAAAAACGUAAUACUUCCAGUUGGCAGUUAGAGAGUUGAUUGUAUGAUGUUUGAAGGGAGAGAACAUAAAUGUGUGUGUGCCUAGUAGUCCAUAGUCAUUAUUGAACAACUUGUAUUUCUUUGUAUCGCAAGUGUUAAUUGAGUAUUUCUCCUCUGUAUAAUAUCCUGCAUAUGCAUGAAAUAAUGCUCUGUAUAUGGUAAUGAAUAUGCAUGAAAUAUAUGUAUGGCUGUUAAGAAGUUCUCCUCUGUUUAUUGUGAUGAAUAUGCAUGAAAUAUAUGCAUGGCUGUUAAGUAGUUAUCCCCUGUAUAUUGUUAUGAAUAUGCAUGAAAUAUAUGUAUUGCUUGCUGUUCGGUGUGAGCCAAGGCUCUGUGAUGAAGGCCGCACUUCGACCUAUAAUUGUCAACUUUUUAUCGAUUGUGACUUGAUAGAGAGUUGUCUCAUUGGCACUCAUACCACAUCUUCUUAUUUAUAAUGGCUGUUAUGUAGUUCUUCUCUGUAUAUGGUCUUGAAUAUGCAUGAAAUAUAUGUAUGGCUGUUAAGUAGUUCUCCUUUGUUUAUUGUUAUGCUUAUGCAUGAAAUAUAUGUAUGGCUGUUAAGUAGUUCUCUGUUUAUUGUUAUGAAUAUGCAUGAAAUAUAUGUAUGGCUGUUAA